GGCCGGGCCAUGCCCCAGGCCCGCCCCCGGCCCCGGGCGGGGCCGCCCCGUGCCCGGCCCCGGCCGUCCCGCCGCGGUCUCGCCUCCGCCCGGCUCUGGCCGUACUGGCGGUGGCGCCGCCGGGCGGGCAUCAGUGCCUGGGGCCGGGGCGGCAUCGCCGCCCUUUGCCUCCGCCUGGCCCGAGCCCGGCCCCGGCCCCGGCCCCGGCCCCGGCUCCUCCCGGGGCCCGCGGAGGACACAGGCGGCGCGGCCGCUCCAGCCGCCUCCGCUGCGGCUUCCCCGGCCCGAGCUCCGCCGCUCGGCAGCGCGGCCGCCGACCCCGAGCCUCCCGUGCCGCGUUCCCGGGAGCGAACGCCUGGGCAUGGCCGGCCCGGGGCGGGUGAGGGGCGCUCGGGGGCGGUGGCUGGCCCGGGGCCGAGCGCUGAGAGCCGCGUCCCGUCCGCAGGGAAGGCGCAGGAGGCCGUGCAGGAGCGGCACCGGAUGGGAUCGCUGCUG